AUGGUAAGUCGAUUUUGUUUAUCUGUGAAUAAUUUUUAUAAAAUCAGUGGAUUUUUUCACCAAAUCGAGGAAUUGAGAUUAAAAUAUUAGUUUUUGCGUCCCAAUUUACUGUGCCGGAUAAAUUUUCUCGAAUCUGAGCCCAACGAUCACAAACAUGUCCGAUGAGCCAGCAGCGCCAGCGAAACGGGGCCGCAAGCCGGCAGCCGAGAAAGUAGAGAAACCCGAACCGAAGAAACGGGGCAAGAAGGAGGUGGCCAAGACCGAAGCCGACGGGGACUCCGAUGGGGCGUCGCCAGCGAAGAGGGGCCGGGGCAGGCCCAAGGGUACCAGUAAAAAGAAGGCGCCCGCCAAGGCGGCCAAAGCGGCACCCAAAUCCGCAGGUACCGGCCGUCGGGGGCGACCGUCGAAGAAGAAGGAGGAGGAGAGCAAGUCCUCCGAAGAGGACGCCGAAGAUAACGAGGAUGCCGAAGGGGAAGAGGAUGACGACGAGUAAACUCACCCAGUCUAAACCGGCCGGAACAGUUUUCCCUAUAGACAUUUGACUCGCCGUGCCCUGAUCUUCGUUUGUUCGGGCUGCUGGUUUCACUUCUCAUUCCAGACCCCACUUUCACGCUCUGGAUGUGUAGAAACUGUUAGUUUAAUUAAUGUAAUGUAAAUUUUAGUUCGUAAGUUCGCUUCUGAUUCCUGGGCUGCGCUUGCUUGGGACGAGCGUUCUUCUUUUCGGUCUGGAAAUCUGGAACGUUGGCCUCCGCAACGCGUGACCCUGGAGCAAUUCACAAUCUAUUUUUUUUAGUCUCUAAGUUAAUGUAAAUUAAUUAAGCUGUCCAGAGUCACGAUUAUAAUGUUCAAGUCGGGAUAAAUGUCAAUAAAUUCCUUUCGUAAUA